GAGCUGAGCUCCUUUCUGAUAAUGUGUGAUUAUUUAAUUCUUGGGAUAUUAAAGAAAGAUAACGUUAUUGCUUGAAGUUCGAAGGUGGGAUCUGGACACUUUUUGUUCUGCGUUUCAAUUUUGAUGUCGGAGAGGAGUCUCUUGGAACUUUUGUUUCUUGUCUCAACAGAGAGGGAAAUUGUGACUUCGUUCCUAAUCUGCACGCGCGCGCGUAAAUAAAAUACACUACGUACUGUACUCACAUCAUCUAGAAGCUCGAAAAAGGUAUUGGGCUUAGUAGAGGAUAAUGGAAAUGGGAAGGAGCGCGGUACUUCCCAGUGUUGCGGAGCAUGCGCAUGAGAGAGAGGCUCCGGGAAGGGGGGGAGCGGAAGAGGUGAUAAAGAAAUAUAGAGUUCAUGUUAGUUCGAAAUAUCUUGAUCUAACGAAGAAGAAAUUGGAAUUGACGCGAUUGCCGCACGAAAGGCGAGGGGAAGAGGAGGGGAAAAUUGGAGGGGAUGCGGAAAGUGAGCAAAUGAAUGAAGAGGGUGUGGUAACCAAGAAGGAGAUUGAGGGCUUGAUUGAUUAUUGGCUAGAAAACUAUUCCUGGCGCACAAGGGAAGAUUAUUAUAAUUCGGCAUACCCGCAAUAUCGCACUACGUUCACAAUUCCGAAGUCUAACAGCAAUGCGCAAGAAGGAUCGAGUCAAUCGCUACGCAUUCAUUUCAUACACAUACGCAGCUCUCACGCAAAUGCAGUCCCGCUGUUGUUGGUUCCAAGUUUUCCAAACAGUAAUCUGAGUUUGGAUAUAGAAGGUUUGAGUAAGGAGUUAUGUGAGCCAGAGAUUUUGGGGGAGAAUGAUCAAGAACACGGGAGCAGGCAGAGACGGGAACACAAACAAGCUUUUGACGUUGUGAUACCAUCAAUACCAGGCACGGGGUUUAGCGAUGAGAUACCUGGGUCUAGAGCUGAUGUUAUGGGGGAAACGGCCAGAUUAUUUGGACAGUUGAUGAAGAGGUUGGGUUAUGAAUAUUAUAUUGCAUCAAUGAUGGGAUCUGGGCGAGAGAGGGGUGGGGAAGUGGAUUAUUAUUUAGGCAGAAGGAUUGGUGAUCUGGAAGGCUGCAGAGGUGUGCAUUUGAUUGAACCAAGAUGGGGAGUUCCGACCGUGAAAGAAGGAAUUUGGGAUUGGGUAAGGUGGAAGGUGGCAUUAUUCUUCCACGCGGGAGUUUGGGGGUAUGAGGAAGGAGACUGGAGGAACUUGAGUUUGCAGAUGAGACAAAAGGAACACCGAAUCCCGACGAGAACGUCGUUGUUGAGUGGGAAGAAAAGAAGAGCAGGAAAUGGAGCCGUUACGAGUAUUGGGUUGAGAGAACCAGAUGCAAUAGCUUACGCGCUUUGUGAUUCUCCAGUUGGCCUGUUAAGCUUUGUCGCGACAGCACUCAAGAAGAAGAAUCCGAAGCAUCAAUUGAGCAAAGAGAAAAUUAUUGAUCUUUGUCAGUUAUGUUGGUUGCCGGGACCUGAAGCUGCGUUGCGAUAUUAUGCAAAUGCAGUACAAGAAAGUGAGCAAUUAGAAGGGGAAAAGAAGAACAGAAAAAGACAAAGGGUAGCAAUAACGGUAUUUAAUGGAGAGGAGACUGCUGUUGGAUAUAGUCCUCCUGCUUGGGGGAUGGGCAUGCACGAAGUUGUCUUCGUUCAAAGGGCAAGUGGAAAGGCCGGUCUUUUGGAAUGGGAAAGAUCGAAUGUUAUCUUUGAGGGUAUUCGUGGCUUGGCAAAUGAAGCAAUAAGGUUGGAUGACAAAAUCCAGCUGCGAAGAUUGGAAGGAGUAGUUGUUGAUAGGGGAUUGGAACAUCUCGAAUCCAGCCAUGGUAUGCAACUAGAUGUUGAAAGCCCGGAUACAAUUGUCGCCGGUUAAGGUCAUGAUGUUGCAAGCCGAACGCGAAAAAUCAGAAAAUAGGAUCAGACCAACGUGGAAAAGAGAAGGUUGCGACGAUACGGUGGAAGAUGGAGGGGACAUAUGGAUUGGAGUGCUAAUGAGGAACGAUCUGUUUUCGAGAUACCAAGGGAAUGUUUACUUACGCACACAUAAAUUUCGUUGAUAAAUUAAUGCUCAUGUACGACUCACUAUCAAACGCCAAAUCCAUGUGAAACCAUCUAUUUUAGACACAAAUUGAAUGCCAAGACAUCGGGCUGACCCCUCAAGAUUGACGCCCGCGUUUGUUGGUAAACGGGAGGAGUGUGAUCGACCCGGCCUCGGGCUGACAUGGGCAUUGCAGAUAAAUCGAAGCUUUUUUCUCCACA